AUGGAGAGUGCGGCGCUCAUUCAUUUUGAGCCAUUUAAUUUCUUUAUACAAAUGAGAUAUAUCAUCAAACAUACGCAGACGAUAGAUAAACCUGAGGCACGCAUUUUGUACCUCCUGAAUACGACCUCUACUUGCCUGAUCUACGCAAAACCCAUAGAAAAAAUCGCAUUAAUUGAGAUUGGAAAGAAAUAG